AUGUUUACAAAUCUCUUAAGAUAUAUUAUUAUACUUACUAUUUUGGGUAAAUGUUUAUCAAUAACUAAUAAAUCUUCCAAAAUUGAGAUAGAUAUCGUGCCUCGUGUUGUACGAGGGUUCCCAGCAAAGCUUGGAGAUGUUCCAUACCAGGUGGCAUUUAAGGCAUUGGCAUCGCGUACUACUCAGUCAUAUUUAACCUUUUGUGGUGGUACAAUCGUAGGACCCACAAAGAUACUCUCGGCCGCCCAUUGUUUCGUGGAAGACAAAAGUGCAUGCGCAAAAAUCUUCUUUAAACGUGGGCGGGUUCAAAAAAAAGAGUUGCGAAACAAGUUCGCAGUGGCUGCUACGCUGUACAACAAAGGCUAUAAACCGGAGAGUGACGAUACUCCUGAAGGACAGUGGAGAAAGCUAAAAGAAGUAUAUUAUCCGGCCAAGUACAAGUUUCCUAAAAAGGAUAUUGCUAUUGUGUUUACCAAAACUCCGUUCAUUUAUAACAAAUACGUGAACGAAAUACCGUACGCAAGUCGCUACGCUGAUUACCAAGGAAAAUGUCUGGUCUCUGGAUAUGGCCGAAUAACUAACGUCGGAAAGCAAAAAUCGAACAAGCUACUUUUAGCACAUUUAGAAAUUGUUCCUUAUCGUCAUUGCAAUAGACAUUACAAGAAAAAUAUGCAUGCUUUUGUUUGUACAUCCAGCAUGGUCACAGACGUCGGGAAGGGUGACUCCGGAGGUCCGCUAGUUUGCAUGAAAACAGGUGAUCCCAACGAGCAAAGCAAAGGUAUUUUAGUCGGUGUCGUGAGCGGACAUCGAACGGGUGUUGGAUCCUUCUUUACUAGAGUGUCAAACUACUACAAGUAUAUAGAAAGAAACAAGUCAUGUACAAACGAUAAAAGCUAUUUUAUCUAUCUUUAUCUUGCAAUUCUAAUACAACACCGAUUUUUAUUAUUUUCAUUUAGUUUUAUUGUCUACAGCUUACCGUUAUAG